UACACAUCCACACACCCUCAUAACCAAUUCCCACAUUUUCAAGAUUUUACCAUUCAUUCUCUUGAAAAAAUGGCAACAAACUUCCGGUUAUCUACCCCUUUCAAAUUCUUAACACUACUACUAAUCAUUCUUCAAUGCACCACCACCACCAUCGUCGUCGUCGCUCAAGCUCCGGCACCAGCACCAACCGGGCCCACUAACAUCACCAAGAUCCUCGAAAAAGCCGGUCAAUUUACCACCCUAAUCCGCUUGAUGAAAGUCACACAAUUAGGUGAUCAAAUCAACACACAACUAAACAACUCCAACCAAGGGAUGACGGUAUUCGCCCCCACCGACAACGCUUUCUCCUCCCUCAAAGCCGGAACAUUAAAUUCGCUUUCUGAUCAAGAGAAAGUCUCUUUGUUACAGUUUCAUGUGGUCCCAACAUACCUAACUAACGCACAACUUCAAACGGUUAGUAAUCCGUUAAGGACACAGGCUGGAGAUACCGCCAGUAACAAAUUUCCGUUAAAUGUAACCACCUCAGGUAACCAAGUGAACGUGUCAACCGGGGUGGUGGACACGACCGUGUCAAAUAGUAUCUACACUGAUGGUACACUUGCAGUGUACCAAGUGGACAAAGUGUUGUUACCAAUGAGCCUGUUUGGCCCAUCAGCUCCUGCCCCGGCUCCAGAGCCUUUAAAAAAGAAAAAGUCUGGGGCCGAUGAUGUCGCUCCGACAACGGAUGCCGGUAGCGACAAUGCCGACGCUUCGGGAGCCGGUAGCGAUUUGCAUGGCUUGUACAUUGGAGUGGUUGCAUUCAUCACAAUGUUGUAUUUGUGAAAAUGAGGAUUUGCACAUUUUAUAAUUAGUGCAUUGCAUUUGCAUGUGUGCUUUUUGAAUAAUCAACAGCCUAUGUCAUAUAUGUAAUCCAUUUUGUCUUUGAAUUAUAUAUACGAUUAAUUGAAUUUUUUAUUUUUUUUA